CCACACGAUCAACGGCCAAAAGAGGCUCAGGGAAAUACAUUAUAAAAAAUAUACUUUUUACGUAAUUUCAUCAAAUAAACACACACAGUGAUUUAUUAGAAGUACAGUGAUUAUAAAAAAAUAAACAUUGAAAUAACUGCUUGGGGGCCUUAAGUUUGACUUUAUAUUUUCACAUACAGUAUGUUACAGUUGGUACAAAACAGAGCAGCACGUAUUGCACUUAGAUGUACACGGAGGGCAAAUGUCAACGACAUGCAUGUCAAUCUCUCCUGACUCAAAGUUGAGGAGAGAUUGACUGCAUCACUAUUGGUCUUUGUGUGAGAUGUUGAUGUGUUGAAGCUACUGAACUGUCUGUUUAGGCAGUUGGUUCACAGUUCAGACACUCAUUGGUACCAGACAAGACAUGCAACCAGAGGUCCCUUCACAUUCCCCAGGGCCAGAACAGAGGCUGGGAAACACAGUAUUAAAUAGAGCCAUGACUACAUGGAACUCUCUGCCACCCCAGCGACACCAACAAUAACCACCACAAGAAAACCUGCUACAACAACAACAGCAUCAAACCGAGGUUUACCAACGCUGUCAUCCUUAACCACCUCCAUCUCACCAUCAUCAUCCAUCUCAUCAUCAUCAUCCAUCUCACCACCAUCAUCCAUCUCACCACCAUCAUCCAUCUCAUCAUCAACACAAAAUGGAUUUGUGGUCAUCAUAGUAUCUGGGAUUCUGGUCAUGCUGCUAUUGGUGCUUGUGGUCAGCCUGCUCAUAGUCUAUAGAUGGAAACUCAACAAGGAAACAGCUGACUCCUCAGCACCCAGGGUGAACACUGGGAUCAACAUAGAGGGUUGUCAUGGUGAUGGUGACAAUAAGGAGGUAAAGGACCACACCAGCUCAGGUAGUGAGACCACCACCAUCUACUCCACCGCCAACUUACCCACAAGCCCCUCUGACUGUCUCAACUACGCCAGCGUCAACUUCCACAAGAACCCCAGCUGCCCCAAUGAAGCCACUGCCGCCAUCGCUAAAGAGGGCACCUCUUCUGGUGACUAUGCCACUGUCAACGUCAGUCAAAAGCCUGCCUACUCUACUGUCAAUCAUCCACACAGCUCCUCUGAGGCUCCUCCCAUCUACUCCACAUUGAGCAUAACCAGAGACACCUGAGUCACUGACAACCAAUCACAAGGGACAUACACUCACUGGCAACCAAUCACAAGAAACAUGUCAUGAACUACUUUUACCACUAACAGCCUCUUGAGCACUGAGCUCUGUUUUUAGCAGACAGCUGCAUAAUGUGCUUCAUGUCCUCACAAUCAGAUGUUACCCUGACUUCUCUCUUCCAUCAGAUGUGUUUCCCUGACUUCUCUCUUUCCAUCAGAUGUGUUACCCUGACUUCUCUCUUCCAUCAGAUGUGUUACCCUGACUUCUCUCUUCCAUCAGAUGUGUUACCCUGACUUCUCUCUUCCAUCAGAUGUGUUUCCCUGACUUCUCUCUUCCAUCAGAUGUGUUAACCUGACUUCUCUCUUCCAUCAGAUGUGUUUCCCUGACUUCUCUCUUCCAUCAGAUGUGUUUCCCUGACUUCUCUCUUCAACUUGUCUUAAUGUCAGUUAAUUUUUUGUUCAUAUCUGCAGAUAAAUAUUGGCUCACUAUUUGGCAAGCAUUGAAAAAGGUAUCACACGUUUUUGACCAAGGCAUUGUAACAGUCUAUUAAUGUUUUUUUUACAAAUGUAUAAUUGAUUAAAUAACCAUGAAUGAUGUAUUUGGAAAGUCCUUAUAAAGGGUGCCUUUAAAAACACCCCCUUUUAGCUUGGCCUUUAACCAGUGAUUGUUUUAGACAUCCUCUGUGUUUUAUGUUAUUUUAUUCAUCCUUUUUACUGCUUCCUGUUUGCUUCUACUUUUUUAAUGUGAUUGUUUUAUUGUGUUGCGAUUGUAAAUGCAAUUUAAAUUAAAGGAUAAGUGCAGAUAA